AUGGACAUGAUCAUUCCUGAUGUGAUGGCAGGUGCUGGCACCAUAGCUCUGGAGAUACUUGAAGAUGUGAAUGAUGUAGACGCCAUUUUUGUACCAGUUGGUAGUGCAGGGCUUCUAGCCGGCAUAACUGUAGCUGUAAAACAUGUCUCGCCGAAAACCAAAGUGAUCGGUUUAGAGCCGGAAACGUGCCCAUCGCUAAUGAUGGCAUUAAAAGAAGGUCGGCCGAUUGUAGCUAAACCCCUGCCAUCGCUUGCUGACCGUUUGUGUGUGAAGAUGGUUGGAUGCAAUGCAUUUCACACGCUUAAAGGUAGGAGAUUCUCUCCGGAUCGUUCUAGUAAUCGACCACAUGCAAAUAAAUAG